AUGACAGCUGAGGACAUUGAAAGUCAAGCCUCUGUAAUGCUUCAGGUGGUCAACGACUUCUAUCAAGGCAUCAUGCGGAUUCAGAUCCCUCCCUACGUCACUUUCAUUUUCCCAAGAUAUACCGAACGACUCCGUGGCAAUUACUGGUGGGGAUUAAUGCCUGAUUAUAAUCUUCCCGUCAUACAAUUCACAUUCUUGCAAAAACUCGAGCACUGCAAGGCUUUGCGAGAUCCAGGCCAUGAAUUCCUCAUCGCGUACUUCACCGCAGAGCUAUACGGCAAAAGCCUCCAAACAAGUCUAAUAAUAGACCGUUGUCCAGAUCAAUCAGAUCAUAAUAUCGACUUCUGGUGCACAAAAUAUUCAUUCAAAUGGUUUUGUCCGCACACAACCCCAACUCCAACAUCCUCCGGUGACAACAUCCAAGGUACAUCCGGAGGGUGCGCGGAACCUGUCGAAUCCAUGGACCGUAUCAUGAUACCCCCGUAUGGAUUAUGGCGUGGGCUCAAACCCCUAGCUGAAGGAGCGUUCGGAAGCUACAAAGUACUCAGCACCCUCAACGAGACCCGCUCCAUGAAUUUAGCACAAUUUGCUGCGCUGAUUGAGGUUAUCGACGACUUUGCACCCUGGUACACGCAGACAAUGCACCAGUGUUCUUGGUUUGCCUUGCUAGUCUUCUCCCUGGUCAAGGAUGAGGCAGGCGGCGAAGAAACUCCCGGGGAGGAUAUAGACGAACGAGGUACACGGCUAGGUAUGACACUAUUGGAAAAUAUCCACGAUGACGAGGAGGCAGCAAUUACACAUCUUGGUAGACCUAUUUUGAAGACGGGGCUACGUCCAAGUGAAGUUGGAGUUCCCGUGUUCCAUGCUAGCUCGAUCCCCAGGAGGAAGGUUGAUGAAGCAACUAGGUUGCGGGAAGAGAACGCUCGGUAUUUGAUGGACGCACUGGGGUAUUUAUAUGCUCUAUGGUCACCUUCAUUCUAG